GGGUGUUAUAAAGUUUAAAACUUUUCUAAUUUCUCCUCCCGUCUUCACCUAUAAAUACAGCCAUUUUAUACCCAAAUUCCUCAUCUUUUCAUUUUCAGGGAAAAUAAUCCAGAAACCUGAAAAAACCUCCAUGGACAACAAAAUGCGACAAGAACAGAGCAAUUCCAUGAACCUCACCGACAUCAGAACUCUGCUCUCUAAUCUCCUCCUAUCUCGUCAAUCAACCAACACUCUCGAUUCUAUUUUCUCCUAUUGUCUGCCUUCCGCCGCCGCAGCCGCCGCCCCUGUGUUGGAGCCGGCGCUGGGGUCCUCUGUGUAUCUCCGUCAGAGAGAUCUGGUCCACCAAUUCUGCGUAGAGAAUCACCAUGGAUGCUCGUCGCCGAAUCUGCAGCAUCAACAACGCGACCACCCAGUUGGAAUUUCCGUCGGAUAUGGGGGUUUUCCGGGGGCGGUGAAGAAGAAGCUGUACAGGGGAGUGAGGCAGAGGCAUUGGGGGAAAUGGGUUGCGGAGAUUAGGUUGCCGCAGAACAGAAUGAGGGUUUGGUUGGGGACCUAUGACACGGCGGAGGCUGCCGCUUAUGCCUAUGAUAGGGCGGCGUACAAGCUGAGAGGCGAAUAUGCGAGGCUGAAUUUUCCCAAUUUGAAGGAUUUUAGGAAUUUGGGGUUUGCUGAUUGUAGCCGAUUGAAUGCUCUGAAACACUCUGUGGAUGCCAAAAUUCAAGCCAUUUGUUUGAAGAUGAAGAGGGAAAGGGGUAAAACGAGUAGCAAGAAAUCGAAUCCCAAAAACGGCGCCGUUUCUGCAUCCUCUUCGAUGUCGUCGCCGUCGCCGUCGCCGUCGCCGGUAUCGGCGGAGUGGUGUUGGAGAGGUGAAAUGGUGUGUUCGUCGGCGGUUUCGGAAGAAGAUGGGUUUUGGAGGUCGGAGAAUUCUCCUCCGGUGUCGUCGUCGUCGUCCGGGUCGGCGGUGGCUGUGGCGGGGGAAGGGGUUUGUGAAGGGUAUUCUUCAUUAGCGAAGAUGCCGUCUUUUGAUCCGGAUUUAAUCUGGGAAGUUCUUGCAAAUUAAAUUAAAUUAAAUUAAAUUAAAUGAAAUUCCUCUCUUCUUCUCUGAA